UUGGGAGAGCACGUAAAUGGGAGAUAUAAAGAUGGUAAGAGUAAGAGAGUGAUACAUCAAUCUCAAUUCUCAUCAAUCAUCACAUUCAUACAUUACCAACUGGUAGACACAGAGCACUUCUUCCUGUAAGCUUUCUGUCCUUUGUCUGCUCCAACUCCACCUGCAACCCAUUGGUGGAAAUGGGCGGAGGAGAUGGUGGCGCCGCCUGGAAACUCAAGAAAGCCGCCAAGAAAAUAUUUGUGCCUACAUGUGCCUGUGCCGCUUUCUGCCGCAAACAACAAACCACCCAUAUUCUUCACAACUCCACUGUCUCUCUCUCUCUCUCUCUUGAUGGAAAAAGUUCAUUAUUUCUCUCUCUCUCUCUCUGUUCUGAUCUAUUUGUUGAAAUGUUUCUUAAAUCAGGUAUCUUGUGAUUCAGCCAGUAAUUCUUCCCAGCUGCAAACUCAGAAGAGCAACAUUUCUUGCAAGAGCAUCUCAUCAGAAACUGAAACCCCCAGCCCUUCUUCUUCAAAUAAGAACUUGUGUGCAAUAUGUUUGGAUCCUUUGAAUUUCAGCUCCGGUUGCAGCACAGGGCAGGCCUUAUUCACAGCCCAGUGCUCGCACGCAUUCCAUUUUGCUUGCAUCUUGUCCAAUGUCCGCCACGGUAGUGUGACGUGCCCCAUUUGCCGUGCUCAUUGGACUCAGUUACCUCGCUCCCUAAGUACACGGUCUUCCCUGCGCUGUAAGAUAGAUCCCGUUCUACAGAUCCUUGAUGACUCCAUUGCCAAUUUGCGGGGUCACAGGCGGUCAUUCUUGCAUUCAGCUCGCUAUGAUGAUGAUGAUCCUGUUGAGCCUGGCCAAGCUUGUGAAGAUCAGCCCCGUCUUUAUCUCUCUCUGCAGAGUGUUCCUUUUACUUAUCCAGGAUCAUCCUCAAUGGAAGAAUCACCAGAACAUGUUCCCACUCCUUCACUGUGCUCCUUAUACAACAGAGCUUAUCUUCGUUUGAAACUGGUGGAUCAACCAGCUACAGAUGUGGUCUUGGUUGCAAACCCCAAUGGGGCUCACUUGAGGCUCAUGAAACAAGCCAUGGCAUUGGUGGUUUUCCCAUUACGGUCCAUGGAUCGUCUGGCCAUUGUUACCUAUUCUUCAGCUGCAGCACAUGUCUUUCCUCUCAGGCGCAUGACUUCAUAUGGGAAGAGGUCUGCAUUACAAGUCAUCGAUCACUUAUUCCAUACAGGGCAGGCAGAUGCAAUGGAAGGGCUAAAGAAAGGAGUAAAGAUACUCAGCGAUCGUGUCCACAAGAAUCCAGACUCCUGUAUCUUGCAUCUGACUGACACUCCAUCCCCAUCCUACCAUUGGUUCAACCUUGAAGUUCCAGUUACAAUCCACCAGUUCCAUGUCGGCUACGGAUUUGGCACUUCUAACGGGUUCAUCAUGCGCGAAUUCGAAGAAUUCCUAGCAAGAACGCUAGGGGGUAGAAUUGAAGAUGUCCAGCUGAGGGUCAGGGAAGGCCAGAUGGUUGUGAGGAUCGGAGAACUGAGAGGAGGAGAGGAGAGGAAUAUCCCUUUGUAUACAUGUGAGUCAGGGAGCGUAUGCGUGGAUUACAGGUACAAGGAUGGGAGAGAUAGUGAAUGCAUUAGAACAGGUAAAAUUGUUCUGGGCUUGGGGAAUAAAGGAGAUAGAAGAGAGAAUAGAGAAGGUACAACAGUAGGGGUUAGAGUGAGCUGUGCUGAGAAUUGGGAUUACCAUGAUCCUUUCAUGGCUAGCAGAUGGGCCAAGCAUUUACAUGGUGCUAUAGGCUAUAGCCUGACAGAUUCACGAAUUGUAAUUUAAGUCUUAUACAGUCACUUAUUCAUUUAAUUUAUAAGUUAGGCUUGCUUUGAGUAAUUACUUAACUUACUAAUAUAAUGACAGCCAGCAGUAAAAUGGAUUAUUCCAUAUGCCAAUUUCAAUAAAUUUGCCUUUUAUUUCAGCAUUUACUCCCUGCACAAUCUUAAAGAAAUUUAAAAAACUUCCUACACCAAUAACAGUAAUAAAUUUCCCCAGA